AUGGCACCUCGCUACGAAUCAGACGAUGUCUCCGCUGCCCCUCUGGCCCAGCCUCUGGAGUUUGCGUUCUCCAACCGUUCGGCACCCAACAGAUUCCUCAAGGGAGCUAUGACAGAGCGCCUGUCCUCUUGGGAUCCCGAGAACCUGCCUGCUCGUGGUAUCCCUUCGGACAGACUCAUCAACCUGUACAAGAGAUGGGGUGAGGGCGAGAUUGGUCUGAUCUUGUCUGGAAACAUCAUGAUUGAGUACGACCACCUCGAGGCUGCCGGCAACCCUAUCAUCCCCGUCGAUGCUCCUUACGAGGGCGAGCGUUUCGAGAACUUCAAGCGUAUGGCCACUGAGGGCAAGAAGAACGGCAUGCUCAUGGUCGGUCAAGUUUCACAUCCUGGUCGUCAAGUUGAGAGCCGCAUCCAGAAGAACCCCAUCUCCGCUAGUGCCGUUCAGCUCAAGGGCGAUGUUAUGGGCAUGACCUUCGAGGAGCCCCGUGCUGCUACCGAGCAAGACAUCUCCCGUAUCAUUGAGGGCUUUGCCCACGCUUGCGAAUAUCUCGAGAAGGGUGGAUGGGACGGUGCCGAACUGCACGGAGCCCACGGUUAUUUGCUCGCACAAUUCCUCUCGCCUACAACGAACCAACGCACCGACAAGUACGGUGGUAGCCUCGAGAACCGCGCCCGUCUCAUCAUCGAGAUCGCCAACGAAGUCCGCAAGCGCACAUCACCCAACUUCAUCCUCGGUAUCAAGCUCAACUCGGUUGAGUUCCAGGACAAGGGUUUCAACACUGAAGAAGCGAAGGAGCUUUGCAAGAUGCUCGAGGACAACAAGUUCGAUUUCGUCGAGCUUUCCGGUGGUACAUACGAGCACCUCGCAUUUGGUCACAAGCGCGAGAGCACAAAGAAGCGUGAAGGUUUCUUCAUGGAGUUCUCGGACGCAAUCGCCCCUGCCCUGACCAAGACCAAGGUCUACGUCACUGGUGGCUUCAAGAGUGUCGGUGCCAUGGCCAACUCGCUCAAGUCAAUUGACGGUGUUGGUCUUGCUCGCCCUCUCUGCCAGGAGCCUCGUCUCUGCAAGGACAUCAUUGCUGGCAAGGUCAAAGGUGCCAUCAAGCAGCGUCCCGACGACAACAAUUUCGGCAUCACCAAUGUUGUUGCCGGUACCCAGAUCCGCCAGAUCGCAAAGGACCAAGAGCCUAUCGACAUGAGCGACGAGAAGAACGAGCAGGACUUCAUGAAGGACAUGGGCGAGUGGGCGCAAAAGAUGUCGCAGGACAGCAAGAUGCAGAACUACGGUUACAUCGACCUGACCAGCUCCACUGCCCUGCCUUACGGUGGCCCCUCUGCCUAG